CAAGGCGGAAGGAGGAGUCCGGGCAGUCUGGAGGGGGACAUCAUGUAGUUAGUUCAGCACAGACUGUGUGAAUUAAAAAUUCAGACCUCAGUGUUCCUUCUCCUCUGGUGUAUUCACCGGGAAACUCAUUUGUGUUUUUAACAUCCACCCGACACCAUGUUCCUCCGCGGAUCUAAAAAGCGACGGUCCAACCGCUCGCAGGAGGAAGAGGACCCAGACAGAGGGCAGCCCUGUAUGCGCUGUGGGGACCAGUGCCCCGGCUUCCGGGUCCAUGGCUGGAGGAAGAUCUGUGUACACUGCAAGUGUGUGCGAGAGGAGCAUGCAGUGCGCUCGGUUCCGGGCCAGCUGGAAAAGAUGAUGACGAAGCUGGUAUCAGACUUCCAGAGACACUCCAUCUCCGACGACGACUCGGGCUGCGCCUCAGAGGAGUACGCAUGGGUCCCACCUGGGCUCAAGCCUGAACAGGUCUACCAGUAUUUUAGCUGCUUGCCAGAAGACAGGGUGCCUUAUGUGAACAGUCCAGGGGAGAGAUACCGAAUCAAACAGCUGCUGCACCAGCUGCCAGCCCACGACAGUGAGACCCAGUACUGUAACUCUCUGGACGAGGAGGAGAAGAAGGAGCUGCGUUUGUUCAGUCAGCAGAGGAAAAGAGAAAACCUGGGCAGAGGCGUCGUCAGACUCUUCCCAGUAACUAUGACGGGAGCCAUCUGCCAACAGUGUGGUAGACAGAUCUGCGGUGGAGACAUAGCGGUGUUUGCCAGUCGGGCAGGACACAGCAGCUGUUGGCACCCUCAGUGUUUCCAGUGUGCCACCUGCAGCGAGCUGCUCGUCGAUCUGAUUUACUUCUUCCAGGACGGACAAAUCUACUGCGGCCGGCACCACGCUGAGAGGCUCAAGCCCCGCUGCCAGGCCUGCGAUGAGAUUAUUCUGGCAGAUGAAUGUACAGAGGCAGAAGGGAGAUACUGGCACAUGAAGCACUUCUGUUGUUUUGAGUGCGAGGCUGCGCUGGGCGGUCAGCGUUACAUCAUGAGAGAGAGUCGACCGUACUGCUGCUCCUGCUACGAGUCCCUGUAUGCAGAGUACUGCGAUACCUGCGGAGAACACAUAGGUAUUGAUCAGGGCCAGAUGACAUAUGAGGGUCAGCACUGGCACGCCGUGGAGUCGUGUUUCUGCUGCGCCCGCUGUCAACUCCCCCUGCUGGGACGUCCCUUCCUCCCUCGAGCGGGGCUCAUCUUCUGCUCCAGGCCCUGCUCGCUGGGUGAGGACCCCAACAACUCCGACUCCUGUGACUCUGCGCUGCAGAGCAAACCGCCUCAGCACAGACGCUGUGAGACAGCAGGGAAACAGCAGCAGCCACAGUGCGGUUCUCCGUUGCAGCCACCAGAGGGCAUCACUGCUCCUAUAACUCCUGCAAAAGACUGCAUUCACACUGCAGUGGGAAACAGAGGAGUCCACUGCACUGCUCCAGUUCAAAACGGACUUCCUUCACCCAGUGGUCAUCCUCAUCCAAGAGGCUCCUACUCACCUCUCCCCCACAUCCAUCUAGGAAAUGGCUUAGGUCCAUCUUGGCCCAGCGAUCUUCCACAUUACAGUUUACUGCCAGGAGACUCUGGCGUCAAACCUCCUGCUGGUGGAGAGCUCAAUGGAAAUACUGGACUGACUGGUCUGAAUUCAAGAGGAACCUCUACUGCUAAAGACUGUAGGAACUGGGUGGAAAGGACGAAUCAAGUUAUGCAAGUGUUUCCUCCUCAGAAAAACUCCCACCUCAUUUCACCUGACUCGCCUCCCCUCUCGCCCAACAACCCCUCCAUUCUACCACCUCCUCUGCCCCUCAAGUCUCGUGACCUGAUGCCCCAGGACUCACCCCCACCCCAAAACCUCCCCCAGCCUGAAGACAGACCCUCUGACUCUCCGCCCCCGCUGACUCGAAGUGGCACAGCCAGGGUCAGCUUCAGAGAGCCAAUCAGCAGCAGCUACUCUGUCAACGAGGACGAGGAUGAAGAGGAGAAUGAGGAGGGGCUGCGAGAGGGCGAGGAGAAUCAGCAGGAGGAGGACGAGGUGGAGGGAGGUUUCGGAAGCAGGUUACAUCUGCAGAAAGGCAUCCCUCCACAGAUGGAUCUGCUGGAUGGAUCCUCUUACCACCAGCGUAGCCUGCGGCGAGGGUGGAGCCGUUGCCGUAUCCCCUCCGACCCCGUUCUCCACCCGGGAGCAGAGAGGCGCUCCCGACGCUCGCGGUCCGACCGUCCUCGGCUGGACACCCUGGACUGGAGAGGCGAGAAAGACAGGGACAGCCGGGGCUCCGCCAACACCUCCUCACUGACCCUCCAGCUGGGCCACUACAAACACGAAGACUCCUGCUCCACAUGCUCUUCAUCCUCAGACUCAGAAGAAGAGGGCUUCUUCCUGGGACAGCCCAUUCCUCUUCCUCCGCAGCUCAGGAAGCAGCAACCUGAGGCGAGCAAAGACAGAGAGGAGGAGGAGGAGAGGGAGGUGCAGAGAGACAGGGGACUGAGGGGCAGCAUACGGCGGAGGAGAGCUCACAGCCUUGGUGCAAAGGACAAAGAUAAAAACUGUGCUAUCUCCUAACCCCCAACAUCAAAACAUAGCGUGUUAUUUUCUAAAUUAUGGUGCACAAGAAGAACUGAUGGUCCUUCAUUACUCUGGUAUUCAAGCUGUUUAUCAGUUUCAUGAUGGUGACACAGAGUUCAACACACAGCCAUUGUUCCUGACACACUACAGCAACAGAAGCACAACAAACCUCAGAGAAGUCACUACGUUUAGCUUCACGGUAUUGACAUGUUACAGUGUAAAAAUGUGAGUGUAUGAACCGUGUGAGUAAGUGAUGAAUGUGGAGUGAUUAUUGUUGUAACAUCCAAACGAGGACACACACCUGUGUCACAGUUUAUUUGAACACAACCUGCCAUGACCCUGAAGUGAAAGGCUCUUUAACGUCACCUUGAUUUACAUAUGCAAACUUUCAGUAGCAUGUAUGACCAGGAACUGACAGCUCAUUCCUCCAUCGUGGUUUGGAACAGGAAUAUUAAAUAUAUCUUAUGUUUAACUCCACUGUAACCAUCUUUAUGUGCUCUUAUGUGCAAUUUUUAUACAGCUGUAAUAUCUUACAGUUAUGAAAACUGAAUGGCCAAAAUAUUACUGUCAAAGUAUCACACAGAGGAAAAUUUGAGUACAUUUUUAGAGGUUAAAGGGACAGUUCACCCCAAAAUCAAAAAUAUGUAUUUUCCCUCUUACCUGUAGUGCUGUUUAUCAGUCUAGAUUGUUUUGGUGUGAGUUGCUGAAUGUUGGAGAUAUCAGCCGUAGAGAUGUCUGCCUUCUCUUCAAUAUAAUGGAACUAGAUGGCACUUGGCUUGUUGUGUUCAGAGUGCCAAAAAAAACCAUUUGAAAAUCUUUCUACUGAACUACACCCACCAACCAUAUCCCUACGCAGAAAGAAGCAUGUGUCUACUCAUGGACGAGAGGCUCAUGACAGUGUGAGAUGAAAACAUAAUUGGUGUCCUCGGCUGAGCUGUAACUUUAGCUCAGUAGUGCUAGGUAAGGUAGCAGUAGAUGCACGCUUCCUCCUGUGCAGUGAUACAGUUGGUGGGUGUAGUUCGGUAGAAAGAAAAUAGUUCCUGCAUGAAACUGCUCACAACAAGGUCUGUGGAUUAUCUUGAGUAACUGGGUCAUGAUUUCUGGAAAGAGACAUUGAUGUUGAGUUUUCAAAAUGUAUUUUGGUGCUUGUGACAGCAGGGCUGCAAAUAACGUUUUUUUUUUUUUUUAAGAUAUUUUUUGGGCCAUUUUGCCUUUAAUGGACAGGACAGGUAAGCGUGAAAUGGGGAGAGAGAGGGGGGAUGACAUGCAGCAAAGGGCCACAGGCUGGACUCGAACCUCGGCUGCUGCGGCAACAGCCUUGUACAUGGGGCACCUGCUCUACCACUAAGCCACGACACCCCGAUUUUUAGAUAUUUAUUUAUUUUUAUUUUAUUUUAUAUACUUUAUUAAUCCCCAAGGGGAAAUUCAAUUUUUUUUCACUCUGUUUGUCAAUUACACACUGGUCCGAACACACACACAUACACAAACUGGAUCUAUACAUGCACUAAGUGGAGAGAUGUCAGAGAGGGCUGCCCAUGACAGGUGCUCCAAGUGGUUGGGGUGUUUGGUGCCUUGCUCAGGGGCACAUCGACAGUGCCCAGGAGGUGAACUGGCACCUCUCCAGCUACCAGUCCACGCUCCAUAUUUUUUUGGUCCGGACGGGGACUUGAACAGGUGACCUUCCGGUUCCCAACCCAAGUCCCUAUGGACUGAGCUACUGCCAAUUAAUCUGUUAGAGUAAAGUAACCAGAGUAAAGAAACCAGAAAAUGUUCACACUAAAGUAGCUGGAAUCUGAGGAUUUGGACUUUUUUUUCUUUAAAAAAUUACACAAACUGAUGAAUUGAUUAGUUGCCAAUUGAAUAAAUAGUUGACACCUAAUUGAUGAAUCAUUGCAGCUCUACCUGAAAGUGCGAGAUCUAAACAUCAAUGGCGUCCUCCUCAGCUGAGCUGUAAUGUUAGCUAGCUCAGUGGUGUUAGGUGAGCUAGCAGGAGAUGCACGCUUCCCUUAGUGCAGUGAUAGAGUUAGCGGGGAUAGUUCAGAAGAAAGAAAAUAGUUCCUACAUGAAACUGCUCACAAUGUACAUUUAUGCGUACAUUGCAUACGUAUUUAACGAGGCCUGAAAGAGCCGUUUGCCACUUCCCACGGAAAAGUUGGGAUCUAUAAAAACAGACGAUGGGAGAAACUUUGACCCAUGCUUAUGAAUACUUUGGGGACGGGGAAAGUGGUGACACAGAUGGUGAAGUGGAAGCCUGAUUGUAGAUUUUUUUUAAAUAUUUUUUGACGCAUGCUGUUUUUGGCUUUUGUUCCUACGUAUAUUUUUAGUAUGGAUCCUACACACUGUUUUACAAAUUAGACCCUUGGUCAUGAUUCCUAGUAAGAGACAUUGCUGUUGAGCUUUUCAAAUGUGUUUUCUAGCGUUUUGAGCACCACAAGCUGAGUGACAUCUAGUUUUAUUAUAUUGGAGAGAAGGCAGAUAUCUCCAACAGUUGAUAGCACCAAAACAGUGUAGACUGAUAAAUAGCAUGACAGGUAAGAGUAAAAAAUAUGUGUUUUGGUUUUGGGGUGAACUUUACCUUUUAAUUUUGUUUCUGUGUCCAAACAAAAUACUGCAACAUUUGUAUAUAUUCAUGUCUUUAAUCAAAAAACACUUGUAUGACUUUAAGGUCAUUUAUUUUUAUAUCCUUGGUGUAGGUCGCUGUUCUUUCUUGUUUUAUUUCGGGCAAAAAGAAAAGAUUAUAACUUCUGUUUCUCUGAC